ACCGCGGACCUCGUCCUUUUUCAUCCUCUUGAGUUGAGCAAGUGUUGGGUAUCGCGCAUUGAGACCAACACUAUAUUUCCUGCGGCUGGACCAAACUAUCCGGUGAACAGCUGCUUGCGGAUCUCGCAUACUCAACCGCAGUGCAUCCGUCUACUUACGACAGAGAAACGAUGCAGCUGCCUCGCUCCAGGAUACCUUUCCCGCAUAGGCCGGAACAUCUUCGACCUCCAAUUUGCUUUCAUCUGCUCGCGUAUCCUUGAGAUUGCACUUGGCUUACAAGAACUUCCUGGCUAUAUGCCACAGCGCCGCGGCGAUAUUCUGAGCGCCAGUGGAGGACCCUGCGAUGCCGAAGAACGGGCGCCCGCGGAGGACAUCGAGAUCACACAGUGCGGGCGAGAAUGCCGCACUGACAACCAGCAACAGUAGCGGAAGGUUGAUGACGAGUAUUUCGGCCCACUCAGUCCCACGCACACUUGAGUCCAGAUACCUGUCUUGACUCUGCUGACUUGAUUUAAACAUCUGCCUUUGCAUAUCGUGCUCAAUAAGCCUUGAGAGAAAGCUUGGGGCUGACGCUGGAUGAUGCCAUUUGCAAGAAAGAUGCCGUAGCUGUUAAAUCCUGUUCUAAACUGAGGUGUGAGUCCGACCCAAGCCGGUCAGACAACAUGCGCUUUCAGGUGAUUACUUGAUGGAUGAAUGGCCUCAGGUACAUCUUU